AUGGCGACAGCAGUCGGGCAGACGGUGCCGGUGUGCAUGGAGAGGCAGGACAAGGGCAAGGAGAAGGGCAAGGAGAAGGAGAAGGGCAAGGAGAAGGAGAAGGGCAAGAGCAAGGACAGGGGCAAGGGCAAGGGCAAGGGCAAGGACAAGGACAAGGACAAGGACAAAGCCAAGAGCAAGACGGGCGAGAAGGAGAAGGACAAGGGACGGGGGAAGGGCAAGGGAAAGGGCAAGGCUAAGGACAAAGCCAAGGACCGGGCCAAGGCGAGGAACAAGAGCAAGGCCAAGGGCAAGGACAAGGGCAAGGGCAGGGACAAGGCCAAGGCCAAGUCGCGGGAGAAGGACAAGUCCAAGGCCAAGUCGCGGGAGAAGGAGGAGAAGGCGAAAACACGGACAAAGCCAGGAAGAGCCGUUAAGACGGUCAAUAGGAGAGUGUUCACCCCUGCGGAGAUCGACGAGCUCCGUGGUGCCUUUGAGCUGCUCGACCGCGACGGAAACGGCGAGAUCUCGGUGGCCGACCUCGCCUCGGUCAUGAAGGACUUGCGUGUCUCCAUGUCCAAGUCGAAGAUCCAGCGGUACAUCGACUCGAUGGACUGCACAGGCACCGGCGGCGUCGACUUUCCCGAGUUUAUCACCUUUAUGGCGUCAACCACCAUCUCGCUCGACGACGUGCCCAACGUGCCCGAGCCCAUUGUCGACGCCUCACAGCACGACGAGUUGCGCAUCUUCUUUGGCGUCCUCGACUCGGGUCAGACCGGCGAAGUCCGUCGUAAGUCGCUUCGCCGCGCUGUCCAGCCGCUCCUCGACUCGCACAUGUCCACCCGCGACAUUAAUCGCAUGUUCAAGUUGCUUGAAAUCUCCGGCCGCGGCUCCAUCUCGUACGAUGACUUUACCACCAUUGUCGACACGGCCACGCCCGACACCCCCUCGCGCCGCUCGUCGGCCACCCAGGCCUUCCCAGACCACUAGUAAAACAAGCGCAUCAGCUGCC